AUGGAGGAAUAUGGAUUGUUAGAGGUCGAUUUAGAAAUCAAAGAAACCAAAAACCAAGAUGAAGAAGUAGUGCUAAUGCUUGUCGAGGAUAAAGAAAAAGUUCCUAAACCAAUCAUCAAAUUCCCUUACCCUCCGAGACAAAAGAAGAAAGAUCAACAUGAAAAAAAAAUUGAGAAGUUUUUGGAAAUGUUCAAGAAACUUGAAAUAAACAUUCCAUUUUAUGAAGCUCUAGAACAAAUGCCAAUAUAUGCCAAAUUCAUGAAAGACAUCAUCUCCAAAAAGUGCUCUACAAAUAUAGACCCGAUCAUCCUGACUGAAACAUGUAGUGCCAUUAUCCAAGGUAUGAAAAUUCUUGUGAAAAAGAAUGAUAGGGGAUUGAUUACUAUUCCUUGCACUAUUGGUGCUAGAAAGUUCAAGAAGGCUUUGAUUGAUUUGGGAGCGAGUGUGAGUUUAAUGCCACUGCACAUCUACAAAAAAUUAGGCCUUGGCACCGUUCAAAAUACUAGGAUGACGUUUCAGCUUGUCGAUUGCUCUGUUAGGUGA